GCAGAGGUGGCUGCCGCAGCUGCUCUUCCGAUGGCUUCCAGGAGCAUCGCCAGCAACUCCUCUUUCUCCCCCUCCACAGCGGGGUCAUCAGGGUCCCCUGGGUCUGGAGAGCCAAGCCUGAGCAGCAGCAGGGUCAUGUUGGUCCGCCGCCACCCCACAGUGCUGCGCAUGGUGCUGGAGGCCCUCCAGGCAGGGGAGCAGCGCCAUGGCACCUCAGUGGCAGCCAUCAAGCUCUACAUCCUGCACAAGUACCCAACGGUGGAUGUCAUCCGCUUCAAGUACCUGCUGAAGCAGGCCCUGGCCACUGGCAUGCGCCGUGGCCUCCUCACCAGGCCCCUCAACUCCAAGGCCAGGGGUGCCACUGGCAGCUUUAAGCUCAUACCCAAGCACAAGAGGAAGCCCCAGCCCAGCAGGAAGCCCCAGCCCAGCAGGAAGCCCCCCCAGACAGGGCCGGCCAGCUCCAGCAAGAAGGCAGCUGCAGAGCCAGGCGAGCCGAGGGUUCCCCCCAGGCUGGCCAAGGCUCUGAAGAAGGCCCCCCAAGGAGGCGGCAAGGGCAAGGGCACCAGGCCACAGCAGGGUGUGACCAGGAAGGGCCCUCCAAAGCCAGCUGGGGCCUCUUCCAGUGUCCACCAGCUCGACAGGAAGUCAAAGGUCCCGGACAGCCAGGGCAGGCAAGGAGAAGCAGGGGCCCCUGGAAAAACCGUAGCCGUGGCCCCCAAGGCUGGGAAACGGGCCCCUGCCUCAACAGGCAGGAAGCCAGCAAUCAAGGCCACCUCAGGGCCUGGACCCAAAGCCACCACAGCUCCCAAGGCCACUGCUGCUCCCAAGGCCACCGCUGCUCCCAAAGCCACCACAGUUCCCAAAGCCUCCACAGCUCCCAAAGCCACCGCUGCUCCCAAAGCCACCACAGCUCCCAAAGCCACCGCUGCUCCCAAAGCCACCACUGCUCCCAAAGCCACCACAGCUCCCAAAGCCACCACAGCUCCCAAAGCCACCGCUGCUCCCAAAGCCACCACCGCUCCCAAAGCCACCGCUGCUCCCAAAGCCACCACAGCUCCCAAAUUUGGGGGGCCCAGGCGGGGGACGCUGUCCCCAGCCAGGAGGCCAAGGGGCUUCUGCAGGCCCAGGCCGCUGGUCAAGGCCUCGUCCUCAGAGCCCAGGAGGUAGAGGCCAGUGGGGUAGCUGGUGGCUGGGCUGGAGUUUUUAUCCUUCCAAAGCAUGGCACUAUUUAACCCUGACCUAUUUAUCAAUAAAGACGCUGAUUC